AAUGGCGCCCGAUUAAAAAGAGUCUCAGACGCACAUCCCACAAGAGAAUAUAACCAAUUGAUCUCUUUGAUUUUAGUUUUGAAUAUAUUGGUCAAAUGGACAGUAAUAAGAGCUAAUAUGAACUAAACUAGGAUGGCACCUGAUUGGACAGAGUUCGAUUGGACACGGGCCAUUCAUAGCGCUUGAGACUAGAAAACUCCUAAGUACCCGGCCGCUGUAAUUGGUGGUGUCUAAUCGAGACGUGGUCAAUCGAGAUCAAUUGAGAUCCUUCCAAUAAUUGCACGGCGUCCAUAACUGCGCCGCUCCCUUUUUAAAAAAGAACAGACCUUAUGAGAGUGACCAAUCACAGCCGAGAGCUGUCCAAAUGUGUGGCAUCCUCUAGUCUAGUGGCUCCAGCUAGCUUUUUCGAGAAUAUUUACAUUGCUUACAUCUUUAGUCUCAAAAAUUUGUUAACCGAUUUGGUGUCUCCCUCGUGUUUCAGCUUGAACGUUUUCGAUAUUUUUACAUAAAAUAUGGAUGACGAGGAUGAAACAUAUAAAUUGUGGCGCAUCAGAAAAACCGUGAUGCAGCUGUGCCACGACAGAGGUUACCUUGUCACGCAGGACGAGUUGGAUCAGACAUUAGAACUAUUCAAGGAACAGUUUGGAGAUAAGCCUAGCGAGAAAAGGCCGGCUAGGAGUGAUCUUAUUGUUCUUGUAGCGCAUAACGAUGAUCCUACGGAUCAGUUGUUCGUCUUCUUUCCAGAUGAACCAAAAAUCGGCAUCAAAACCAUCAAGACAUAUUGCCAGCGCAUGCAAGAAGAGAAGAUCCACAGAGCAAUAAUUGUUGUUCAGCAAGGCAUGACACCAUCUGCUAAACAAUCGCUGGUAGAUAUGGCACCAAAAUACAUACUGGAACAGUUUCUAGAAUCUGAAUUAUUGAUAAACAUUACUGAACACGAAUUGGUACCCGAGCACAUUGUCUUAACUCCAGAUGAGAAAGAGGAACUAUUGACAAGAUAUAAGCUAAAGGAAAAUCAACUGAUGCGAAUACAAGCUGGCGAUCCAGUAGCACGAUAUUUUGGUUUGAAACGUGGACAAGUUGUUAAAAUAAUCAGAUCGUCAGAAACCGCAGGAAGAUACAUAUCCUAUAGGUUGGUUUGUUGAGGAGGGAAAGGAAAAAAGA